UUUUUUUUUAACAGAUUAUAAAAGAAAGAAUAGACCCGAAUCUUUUCUCAGUUAUGAAUCUUUAAAAAAUCCCAAAACAUGUCACACACACAACCCGCUCCAUGAAAUGUAAAUGAAGUAAACUAAAUCAGAUAUAAAGCUAAACAACGAAAACAUGUAGACACUCCGGAAAUCUUGCAUCCGGCCGGUGUUGACUUAAAUAUACUAGAAGUUUCAAAGACGUUUAGUAAUACGGACAAUUCCACGGCCAAUGCAAAGAUAUACAUCGACAUUGACAAUUUGUAAAAGGAGCUUCGAACUUAAAAAACUUAGUCCAAGUUCAACUAGUUUAACUAUUGAACUAAUGGUUACUGCCGUUCCUAGCCACCCGAGAAUCCACCCUGCAUAAAAUCUGUGUACACACAACAUGCGAAUUUGCUGAUUUCAAUGCUCCAUCGCCACUGCGGAAUGUAAGAAUUUAAGAAAUGACGUCCUUCCUGUUUGUUGUCAGGAUUCCAAAAGCCGAGAAAAACUCUGAAGAAAAGCCAGAGUGCAACGAAAACAGGAAGAAGGUUGACAAUGAGGUCGAGGAGGUUUCCAAGGACGCCGAUCAGGGAAGUUCCGGCAAUGCUGAUCCAACGAAGACAGAAAAACCAGAGUCAGAUCAAAAGGGGGACAAACCAGGAGCAGAGGUUGACGAUGAGUGGGAUUUUGGGGAGGAUGACGGCUCACAGUCUGUGGAGGAGGGCGGAGUACUGAAGUCAGAGGGGGGUGAAGUACCGAAAUCAGAGGGGGGUGAAGUACCGAAGUCGGAGGGGGAGGUUGGUGAUAGCCCUCCAGUCAGGGAAGAGGGUACUUCAACCGGGACUCGGGGGAUAACUGUACAUGGUAAAGAUGUGGGUAAAACUCGGGAUCUAAGUAUUGUCAAUGGUGGUGUAGAAAUUAGAAAAGAUGGUGAAUCAACAGGCCUGGGUACAACAGCACAAAACACAGCGCAGGGUGUAUUAUCUGCAGAGACAGUAAUACCUAAUGACAAACCACAGGUUCACAAUGUCAAACAGGAGGGAAAUGAUGCAACAAAAACCAUGGAGCCAGGCAAACAAGGAAAUGUGGGCGGCAGGGCUGCUGAAGAUAACAGUGAGCAGAGUGUGCCACCCCCGAAAAAGACUUUCACAGUUGAGGCAGCCGCAGAGGAUAGUCUUAAAACAGACACAGAAAACAAACAAAGACAACUUGUGCAGCAAGGGAACUCAAACUCGGCACCAGCACUGCAUACAGAACUCUCAGUGCCAAAGUCCCUGUCUGAUGACAGACUCUCGGCUGUAGAAACUAAAGACUUUGAAACUGUCAGUUUUUUGGAGGAAGAGCCAUUAAUUGAGGUUGUGAAGAGGGUUAUAGGAAAUUUUUCUAUCGAUAACUUUUCUAUUCAAGAGACAGAUAAUGGAAAUUUUUACCAGGUAAUAUUUGUUGAUGAAGGUGGAGAACGAUGUGAAAAUAUCCUUAAUCAGCUAGCCAAGGAGAAUGUAGGAGACAAACAGGGGACAUCAAUAAGUAUUUUCCCGGCCAGUAUAUAUCGUGGUAACAUUCCCACAGACACCGCAGAGGAGACGGAUGAAGAGGGUGAGGAGAAUGAGGACAAAGAAGGGGAGACUCCAUUUAAGAAAUCUAUAAAGGCCAGGAUGAUGGUCACUCAGGUCUUCAACACUGUCAGGGACAACGCUCAAUUUACAUUUGACUAUGUGGUACUGAUAGUUGUCGCAAGUUUGCUGGCCUGUUUGGGUCUGGUGGAGAACAGUUCGGUCAUCCUGGUGGCCAGUAUGCUGGUCUCGCCUCUCAUGGGUCCGAUCCUCGGGGGUACUUUUGGGACGGUGAUGCAGAACAAGUCGCUGAGAAACCUCGGGAUAAAGAAUGAACUGAUUGGUCUCUUUAUCUGUGUCAUCAGUGGUUUGUUGUUUGGAAUUAUCAGUGGAUCAGUGUCUAACAGGGGAGCUAACUGGGGAAGUACAGACAGCUGGCCGACCAAUGAAAUGAAGGCGAGGGGUGUAGUCAGAGGUUUGUGGGUGGGUGUGUUCAUUGCCCUGCCUUCUGGAGUGGGUGUGGCUUUGUCUGUACUGGGAGGGAAUGCUGGAUCAUUGGUGGGUGUGGCUAUAUCAGCCUCUCUCCUCCCCCCAGCUGUCAAUGCUGGAAUGUUGUGGAUGUACUCCAUUAUAUCCGCCGUUAGUCCCCCGGACCGAGACGUAGCCUACAGGAACAUGACUGUUGGAAAUGUCUCCUAUCUGGAGGAAGUUUAUACUGCGACGGAGACCCUAGGCUGUAAACCAUUCCUGAACAAUAAGUACGCGCCGGUACACAGCUGUGACAUGGCCACCGAGGCGCUGAUACUGGGGCUGAUCAGCCUCACUCUCACUCUCCUCAACAUCCUCUGUAUCUUCCUCAUGGGGAUCACCUUCCUCAAGAUAAAAGCUGUGGCUCCUCAACACACCACCACGGACGCCACGCGAGAUUUCUGGAGUGAAGAUAUCCAGGUGUCGAAGGAGUCGUACGCCACCUCUAAAGGCCUACAGAGUAUGCAGCUCGCCUCUCAAGCUCGCAAACUCCUGGAGGAGUGGAAGCAAGUGAAAGGGGACACCGCAGAAAACACACUGAAGUUUCAGGAAAUGCUAGAGGAUGUGGAGAACAGUCCGGAGUACAGCCAGUUCCUGCCCAGCAUCGGAGGAUUGAAACUGUAUUCUCGCUACUUACAAAAGGACUUUAGAAGUGCCCGACAGAAGUAUCAGGAGGAUUUUAUUCCGGAGUCCAGGGUAGUGGAGGAGAAGACAAAAUCCGGGUACAAUGUGUACAAAACGUACCAUGGACUCCACCGAUCCAUCCGGAAGAGAACCAAGCCGCGUGUCUCCUUCGACCUUCUCAAUGAAACUCCCACAAAACCAGCCCCACGUCCAAUGUCUGACGGGUACCCAGCGAAAAUUUCAACAAAUAAGCAGGCAGCGGCAUCAUUACAACUGAAGAGUGACCUGUACUCAAGGCGGACGUCCAAAGACAGCAAGUCUCGUGACCAGGAAACACGAUUCGCAGUCAGCAAAGUGAACGAGUCUUCUCCGUCAUCCGACGUAAGGGAUCCAUUGUUAAACACAAGCAACAGGAAGUAGCCUCGCUAGUAUAUGUAUUCAUUAUGCAGUCAUUAGGCUAUGUAUAUUUAUCUACAUUAGUGUAGGUAUCACCUUUCCGUUGUUUAUAAUCACUAUCUAUCAGCAGCAUUAUAUAGGAAAUUAGGACACAAGUCAGAAGGCUUAUAUUACUGUAAAGGUGGUUAUUUAUGCCUGGGGAAAAAUUACAAAUAAUUAGCGCUUAUAUUUCCCCCAGGUGUAUAGUUAUAGAUAUUUAAUAUAUUAUAUAUUAUUAUAUUCAUUUAUUGCGUAUUUUUCCCCAUGCGUAAUGUUGGACGUGGAAAAAUGUGUACUUAACCCGUAAAUAACCACUAUUACAGUAACCUCGCUUUCUACAUGUACGCUAGAGGUAACUGUAGAGGAGAAAUCGACAGGCAGACAUUACCCCGGGUUAACUCACUCCCUGUACGUGUGCUGUUAUUUGCCAGAUAAUGUAUAAUCAUAUCGUUACCCUGUAGUCCCAUUACAUGUACUUCUAUUAUUGUUUUAGUAAAAAAAUCAUGUGGUAUCAAAUGUUACGUAUAUAUAUAUAUAUAUAUAUAUAUAUAUAUAGUUUAUUUAUUUCUAAGAAAAUUUUUGUUAGCUUUUCUGAUCAACUCUAGUAGUCUGACAAUCGUCUGAAUACAGGUCUGGCAAUUAUUUAAUCUUUUCAGGAACCGGCCAAUUCAAUCAAUUUUGGCUCAAAGCACUCUAAGGUAAAGAGAAUUCAAGUAAAGGGUCAUGCCCCUUCUAAGGGGAGAUAUUUAAAAAGUUUUCUUCAGAACCACUGAAAAAGAAAAAUAGAUUUUAUGUAAAAGAAUAUACAAAUACCAAUGUAAUAUGUCCAAACCAUGACAAACAAUUCAUCAGAUAUUUAUACCUCCAUGUAGUGUAAGACUUAAUCAAACUCUGACAAAUAAUUCAUCAGAUAUUUAUACCUCCAUGUAGUAUUUAAGACUCGAUCAAAUUUUUCUUAUUCAUUGCAGGAGUUUUAUUACUAUUGCUUAAAUUUCUGUGUAUGAAAUUUUUGGGGAUUGGUCCAUGUGAUAAAAUAGUUAUUUUGAAAUAGAAGUAUGGACUAGCUAGGGAUAUACAGAUAGAGUUUUAUAAUGUUUCUUCAGGUUCUGUCUAUACAGUAUGCUCUGUCUCGUCAUCAAAUAUCCAUUCUGGGGCCCGUUUUACAAAACAACUUACAACAAAGUCGCAAGUCUUAAAUUGUAUUAUACAGUUAUUACUUUAAAUGAAUGAAUUAAAACUUUUCUGAGGCUUAAUUUUCAAUAUUUUCUUGAAAAGAUAUUUUGCAUUCGGAGUGAAUGAUUUACAAUAAAGUUGAUUAUUCCAGCAUGUAAAGUUUGUCGUAAGUUCUUUUGUAAAACGCGCCCCUGCAUUCCAAAACUGUAUGGAACGGUUUCUUCGCAAAGCAGGAAAUGUGCCUCUUUAAAGAACCACAGGGGUACAAAGUGCCAAUAACAUCCUUAUGUAGAGUAAAUUCAGGUUUAAGUUCAAAUUAUGAGCAGGACAGGGUCACAAGAAAGAUUUCAAGUUUGUGUAAGAAUUUUUUUUUUUAGAAAAGGGAUACAAUUUGUCAAAUUGAUGCACACACAUCCUCAUGUGGUGUAGAUUGAAGGGUUUUAUUUUUCAAGCCAUGAGUCCUGGGGCAGAACCACAGGCACCUUUUUUUGUAAAUAAGUUAUGAUGUCUGUAAUAAUAGUAGCAGAACAGGUGAGCUGUGUAGUCCAUAGGCCUCUUGUUUUGUGGAAUAUUUGCGAUAUGAAUGUUUUAAUUUCUAUUGAUUGAUUGAUUGAGGUUUUAUGCAGUUUUUGCAAUAUUUCAGCCAUUUUACAACGGUUUUUAAUUUCUGAUAUUGAUCUUGAUAGUGGGAGGCGAGGUGUGAAUGGGAACCUUUUCUAUUAUUAGAGAAGGGUCCUAAUGAUAAAGGAACCAGUACAGAGUCUGCAUUAGAGGAACCAGUUUAGGGACUCUCAUUUGCCAUAUUACCUUAGAUAUUGUGUAGUAUUUGUAACAAACCAUUCUGACAUUAUGUACAAUUUUUUAUAUGUAAUCAUGCAAACUUUAAAUUUAUGCAAGUAGAAACUUUAAAAGCAAUGAUAGAUGACAUUUGCAAUGUAUUAUGUAAUUAUAUAAUGUCAUUUAUUGUCAACAAUGAAAAUUUAAUGUGCCUUCACAUAAUCAACAUACACUGUAUAAGUGUUACUACAAAAAAAUCAAAGACUAUCUCCAUGAAUCUUUUUAAUUUGGGAUUUCCUUUAACAGUGAACUGUCAACUGCCUAGUCCAUUUCUAGGAAACAUUAGAUCCACCACUGUUUUUUCACUUGCUCUUUUUGCAGCUUAAUUGCUGUUCAUUCCAUUGACUGUGGUCCAUAGAAAAAAAUUACCUCAGAAUUUUACACAUAUUUAAUCUUUUAUCUUUUUUUUGUGUCUUUUGUUCUUGUUUUUUAUUUGUGAUAUUGUCCAAUAAUGACUGUUCCAUUAGCAUUGGUAGCCUUGUGUAUACAAUAUUGUUUGAUUUUGUCAACUCGGGACUGUUAACAUUGUUAGAUUUUGUGUAUGUGUCAUCGUCGGAAACCCACGGUCAGUUGCACUCCGUUUACCUUGGAGUGCGACCGACCAUGGGUUUUACAACGAUGUGUAUGAUUUUGUUCACUCCGGACUGUUCAGUUAACAUUCGAUUUGUGUGUACAAUAUUGUAAAGUUUGAUUUUGUUAACUCGGCUUUUCAGUUUACAUUGUUAGAUUUGUCUAUGUGAGUUCAUAACUUUGGACUAUUCAAUGAACAAUAUUUACAUUUUUAAUGUUUUUGCCUUUGAUAUUGCUACAAAUUUUAAUGACAGCCAUUUCCUCAUGAAUGUUUGCAGUUGUGAACAAUGCAUGUAUGAUCAAAAACAGAUAAAUAUUGUAUGUUUUUUAACUGCUGGGAAUUCUUGACAGAAAUGAAAAGGGUAUGUACAUCGAAAAAAUACACGUCAUCUUUGAAAAUGCACGAGGAUAUGAAUUGCAGGGAAGUGUGGCAGUUCAUGCCCUUGUGUAUUUUCAAAAAUAAAGUUUAUUUGUUCUAUGUUUAGAUGUGUGUAUGUGAUCUUGUUAACUUUGGACUGUUCAAUCAAUUGUUUGAUCUGUUAACUUCAAUCAACAGUUUUGGAUUUGUGUAAGGGAUUUGUAAUUUGUCAAAUAUUAAUUGCCUUCAAUCAACAGUUUUAGAUUUGUGUAAGGUAUUUGUGAUUUUAUUGACUCUGGACUUCAGUCAUAAUAAAAUAUAAUUUCAAAAUUCAAUCAGUAAAUUACAGAAAAAUCACAAUUUCUUUUGUUUAGCAACAAAUCACGGUCGGUUUAAUUCACGGAAAAACAAAUCUUAAUAUCCUGAACCCAAUUUCGUAUCAAUAUGAUAGAUUAAUUCACUGAGUGUUAAAUUGGCGGAAAUUUUGUUUCAGUGAAUAUAGCGAAAAUUAACUCCAUGAGUUAAUUUCCUGCUAUACAGUAUAUGAAACUUGCACAAUAAAAAAAAUGCAAGAAGGUACAAGAAUUUAAGAAGUUUAGUCAAAGAUGAAACUUAAGUCUAUCAAUUUUUGCUUGAAUAUAAAUCACACUAGGAUGAAGGUGAAACGUGAUCAGAUAACCACAUAUCAAAUUUCAGAUUCCUUAGCUAAAGCAAAAGUGGAGAAAAGUCCGGAAUACUACAUUUACCAGUCAUAAAAAUCACAUAAAAUCCUUCGAUUGUGAUAUGAAGUUGAUCAGUAAACAUACAACAGCAAAUCACAUAACAAAUAGCAGUAUGAGAAGACACAAGUCCGGUAUAAGUCGUGACUAUUAUUUCCUGUCGGCAACGCCAUGCAGCUAAGUGUACUAAUGAUACUGUUUAUUUUAUCUUUUAAUGUAUAUUUGUUGGAGAGUAUUACCUGUAUUUUAAUCCAAGUAUCAUAUUGUAGUUUAUUUCUCAAUCAAACUAAUUGUUUUGUAUGAUGGUGCUUGUUUUUUAGUUUAAUUAAUUUUUAUUAUUCUGUGAUACCUUCAAAUGAUGAUAUAAAAUACAUUUUACCCGCUUCAAUAAAUUCUGACGUGUCA